AACAGAGAUCACAUACAGCUGCGGAGCUAUUGGCCGCAGUCUGAAACUCUGAGCGUCUGUAAGUGUAAACUGUAAACAGACGGGUGCCGGUGUGGAGUAGGUUACGUGAGCAUGGUUUUUGUUUGCCUCCUGACUCACAUCGAUACAUAACACGAUAGAUGACAUAACUGUCAAGAUAUUUAUGUUUUUACGUUUCCUGUCAAUAUCACCGAAACUGUACGUCGCUAAUAAUCGAACAAUGAGUGUAUUUACCAAAAAGGUUAACCCAGUUACAGGAAAGGGCGAGUGGAUAUUUCACGACGAAAAUUAUGAUUUUCACCAGGAAAUAGCGCGUUCAGCAUUUGCAGAUAUGCUCCACGAUACUGAAAGGAACCAGAAAUACUAUGAAGGAAUAAAGUUGGCUGUUCAGAAAAUGCACCGUCAGGGAAAGAAGGCAAAUGUCCUAGAUAUUGGUACCGGAACUGGGCUGUUAGCAAUGAUGGCAGCGUCAUGUGGAGCUGACUCAGUUGUUGCAUGUGAGGCCUUUAUUCCAAUGGCACACUGUGCAAAACGUGUGUUAAAUGAAAAUAAUCUCUCUGACAAAAUCAAACUGAUUAUGAAACGGUCCACAGACAUAACAGUUGGAGCUAAAGGGGACAUGGAAAACAGAGCAAACAUAUUGGUAACAGAAGUUUUUGACACUGAACUCAUUGGAGAGGGUGCUCUUGGUACUUUCAUACAUGCACAUGAACAUCUUUUAGAGAAAGACUGCAUUGUAGUUCCAUCAUUGGCCAUUAUUUAUGCACAAGUGGUUGAAAGUGAUUUUGCAAAUGGAUGGAACAAGUUGAGUGACUGGUUCGAAAAUGGUGUAAGCAUACAAACACCUAAACGCCAUGCUACCUGUCCAGGAGCCGCAGCUGUGCAUGAUAUACAACUGAGCCAGUUUUCACAGAAAGAAUUCACAACUAUAGUUGCACCGACACGUGUAUUGAGUUUUGAUUGGUCAGGUCAGACACAACUCCAUGCUACACGUUCCACCAAAGUGGAGGUGAAAGCUGAGGUUUCUGGUACAGCACAAAUGGUAUUCAUGUGGUGGGAGUUACUUAUGGAUGAUGAGGGCACAGUUAAACUCACUUGUGCUCCAGCAUGGGCGCAUCCUGAUGGUGUAAAGCAGCCUUGGCGGGACCACUGGAUGCAAGCAGUAUAUUACUUGCCAAAGGAGUUAACUGUUACAAAUGGGGAAACUCUGACACUCUACACUAGCCAUGAUGAGUUCUCCCUCUGGUUUGAUCUAUUACCAUCUGCAGACACUAUUAGGCAUGAAACAAAUUCUUUACGUCCCAUCUGUGAUUGUGGUUUACAUGUGAUGGCCAGUCGAACCAGAAUUGGCUGCAUGAAUGACAAAUCUCGGCGUAGAAAGUUCAUGUCCGCAUUGAAAUCUGCAGACAUUGUCAACAAGAUCUGUCUCUGCUUGAGUGAUGGUUCCCUCCUGGGUCCUGUUGCAGCCAGCCUGGGAGCUAGACAUGUUUACUGUGUUGAAACAUACAAUCUUGCACGACAGUUUCUGCAUGAUUAUUGCAUAAGCAACAAUCUGGAAGAUCGUGUGACCAUAGUGGCAUCACCAGAAGAUUUGUUAAAAGUUGAAGGUCUUGCCAAGCAGGUGACUAUAGUGUUUGGUGAACCUGCUUUCUUUUCAUCUAUUCUCCCAUGGCACAAUAUCUACUUUUGGUACCUGAAAAAUGAAUUGAACCAACUUAUAGCUGACACAGCUAAUAUCAUUCCAUGCCAGGCCAGUAUAUGGGGAAUGGCAAUAGAAUUUGACCACCUGUGGAAAAUAAGAUCACCUCUUCAUACGGUUGAAGGAUUUUCAAUGAUUAAGUUUGAUGAAUUAAUAGAUGCUUCCAGAAACAUUAGUGACAGUCAGAUCGAAGCUCAUCCCCUGUGGGAGUAUCCUGGACGCCCUAUAACUUGUCCAUUCCAUGUAACAAAAUUUGAUUUUGGACAAAAAUCAUUCACCGAUAAUAUUGAAAAAUCCGGACAAAUAAACUGUGAAUGGUCUGGAACUUGCCAUGGUAUAGCCCUUUGGGUUGACUGGCAUUUGGAUGCACAAGAAGAAAAUGUUAUUUCAACAGGACCAGUGUGUGUACCCAAACCUGGAGAACAAGUGUCGUGGGAUAUUCAUACAAGACAAGGCAUUUAUUUUAUGCCAGUCCACAGAACAGUGAAAAAAACUGAUGUUCUCUUCUAUAAACUUAAUUUUUAUUCAAAAUCUGGAGAAAUGAUAUUCGAUUUUCAGAUAAUGAGUGAGAAGUGAACUAAAGACUGUUAUAUUCAGCACACAUUCUUGAGCGAAGUUCCUGUAUUACAGCUCUUGUACCAUGUUACUCGUUCUUAGUAUAUACAAACAAAAGCUGUUUCGCAGCAAGCAUGUGGACACACGCAAAUACAUACUCAGUUUAACACAGAAAUUAAGAGCAAACUGAUCUGCACAUGUUACACAUGUCAUCAUUGUUAAGAGUUUAUAUAAUUAAAUGUGAACUGAAAUGUAAUUACACUAUCUGUUUUAUAUGUACAUUACACAUGUAGUAUAAAUCAGUGAUUUAUUAAUUGAAAAACUGUACCACCCACCUUUUUAUACUUGCUGAUAUUUAGUUAUUGAUAUUUAUGACUGUGUAAAUUAAAGUUAUUUAAUGACAA